AGUGACAAUACACCACCCCCCCAGAGCGUUUCCAUGGUGACCGUUGCCAUGGACUCGUGUUGUGGAAAAGAGACCGUGCUGAGUGUCACGGUGAGUCAGCAGAGCGGCGUCCCUGGAGCCCCUGGACACCUGGAGCACUUUGCUGGCUCCCUUCCCCGAGACACACCGUUCAAGGGCUGCACACCAUGUUUACCAUGAAGCGCGUGUAGGAAAAGCAAGGUGCAGAACCAGGGUGCACAAACAAGUGUUCAUCAAGUCAGGGCAGAGUCACGGGGUUCUCUCCAGUGCGUUCCGGAAAGGAGCGUGCGCUCAGCCCCCGCGUUCAGACCGUGCGCCCGGUUAGCACCGCGCUGCUCGUCAGGCGGUUCCGCCGAAAGCGCCGUUCAAAGACGGCGAAGGCCUCGUGUGCAAACGACGCACGUGAAACUUGUCGUGUUGGCGUGUUAAAUUACAUGCGCUGGAGCGCAGGGAGUCCUUCGCCGUCCGGGUCUCUUGUGUCCCUCAACGCCUGUCAUUCUCCUCAAUCUGAUUGGCUGCUCUUUCUUUGCACGUCUCUGUUGUCCUGGACCUCGAACGGCAACGCGCGUGUAUAUAUAUGGCAGGAGCAGGCGGAGGCAGCGCUCACACGGCAGUUCUUGCGUCAACAGCGAUUGAACGGAACUUGACCGUUGAAGCGCAUCAGUCCGCGAACCGCGUGUGCUCCUCUGUCGAAUUUCGGAAGGACCGCAGCCGAGAUGAUGGAGACCUCGAGGAUCCGCCAGAACUACCACCGCGACUGCGAGGCGGCCGUGAACCGCGUGAUGAACACGGAGCUCUUCGCCUCCUACACCUUCAUGUCCAUGGCUCACUACUUCUCCCGGGACGAUGUGGCCCUGCCUGGCUUCUCCCACUUCUUCAAGGAGAGCAGCGAGGAGGAGCGCGAGCACGCCGAGAAGCUCACGGCCUUCCAGAACAAGAGGGGCGGCCGCAUCUUCCUGCUGGACGUCAAGAGGCCCGAGCGGGACGAGUGGGGGACGGGACUGGAGGCCAUGCGGUGCGCGCUGCAGCUGGAGAAGAAUGUGAACCAGGCGCUGCUGGAUCUGCACAAGGUCGCGAUGGAGAACGACGACCCCCACCUCUGUGACUUCCUGGAGACCCGCUACCUCAAUGAGCAGGUGGAGGCCAUCAAGAAGCUCGGCGACCACAUCGGCAACCUCUCCAAGAUGGAUGCGGGCAACAACAGGAUGGCCGAAUACCUGUUUGACAAGCUCACGCUGAAGCACAGCUGAGCUCUGCCAGCAGACGAUGCCCCAGCGAAGCGUCCAGCUUCACAUCCUGCUUUAGUAUCCAGUGUAGUCGUGUGGGAAGUGACCAGGAGUUCAGGGUAAAGGUCUGGUUAGCAUGCCACUCAUAUCUGUUUCUGCGCUUUAUUACCAGUCCUCAGGCUGAG